AUGCCUGUUGAUCGUUCCCCGCCCGCGCCGGUGUCUCGACAAAUGGAGGCGCUUACGAUGCAACGCCAACGUAGCGGUUCGGAACCCAGUUUAUGCGACAAACAGGUAGAAUUGGAAACGCUUAACGUGAAUGUUCGCUCAAAACGUAAGGGUUUAGGUGACGAUCGUAAAGACGAAUUGUCCUUAUUUAUGGAUGAAAUGAAACAGUUGUUCCGGGACUUCAAAGCUGAACAAGAAAGUAAAUUCGAAAAAAUGAUUUCUACUAUGGUCGAGAUACAGAAUCAGAAUAAAGAAAUAUGCUCCUCAGCCGAAUAUCUUUCAAAAGCAUACGAUUCCCUGCUAGAACAAAUAAAGAAACUAGAAGCAGCCCGCCAAGCUAAUCUUGAACACAUUCAAACCCUGGAACAGAAACUGGAGAUAGCAGAGCGUUACACUAGAUCUACUUGCAUUGAAAUACGAAACAUGCCUGCUCCAAAACAAGAAUCGAAAGCACAAUUGCUUGAAACAAUCAUAUCGACAGCUAAAAUUCUGAAUGUGCCUUUACAGCCAUACGCAGUCAGAGAUGCUUUUCACAUCCAAAGCAAAAACCCAGAACAAAGACCGAUUAUAGGCGAUUUUACUAGUGUCAUCAUGAAAGAAAAGUUUAUUUACAUGUAUAAAGUGUUUAAAAAGUCCUCACAAUUAACAACAGAAACGCUCAAUAUGGCUGGACCGAGACAAAUUAAACACAUAACUAGACGAAUCGAGGAGGCCGCUUGCGUUGCGGAGCUCAGCGAAACCGACUUUAGUACUAUUCUAUCCUGUAAUAGUGCAGAACAAGCUGCGACAUUACUCGUUGAGACCAUCGCUGGGUGCAAGAAGUGUAAAUUGUUCUUGUCGAUCAAUAAAGACGAUGUGAUAAGGUGCAAAGGUGAAUGCAAUUCAGUUUUCCAUAGAAAGUGUGUAAAAAAUAUGAAGCAGUUUUUACAAAAGGAAUGCUGCGAAGAAUGUUCAAAGAGUGCUUUAGCUGUUUUGUCACCGAAAAUAACGGAACAAGAGGAAGACUACCGUGAGCACACCGCUAGACCCCUUGAAUGUCCGACCGCUAUGGAAGAUCUGUUGAGAGAAGUUAACAAAAAGUUGGAAAUAGUGCAUAAGAUGGAUAAAGAUUUAGAAGAUAUAAAGAAUUCAGUGAGCUUUUAUGCUGAGAAGUAUCAGGAAAUGGUUGAAUUUAAACAACAAGCAGAGAAAAAAAUGAAAAGCAUGGAGCAACAACAGGGUAUACCAGAACAAGAAGAGGUUAUCGUCAUUGGCGAUAUGAAUAUCGAUUUAAUGAAUAAGAAACAGAAUGUUAUAUCGAGCAAUUAUAAAACCACCUUGUGUGGUCACGGCCUGCAGAUGACCAUACCAACUACGACGAUAACGAGAGAAGCUAUAGUCGACGGGCAGAUACAGACGUCAUGCAUCGACCACGUGUGGGCGAGACUUAGCGACGGCGAAUCGGGAGCGAUCAGAUAUUUAAUAUCCUUGAUCGACGAAGAAGGGACAGUAAGUCGAGAUCAACUAGACAGCUACAUACAAAAGAAAAUUGACAUACGAGGAAAAGAAGACAAGGCAAGAUUUGAUCAGGGUAGAGCCAAAGUCAAAAGAUUCCAAAAGGAAGACAUCGUCUUAUUCAAGGCUAACCCUAGGUCCCAAAUUGGACUUGACCUGAAAUACCCAGAUGCUUAUGUAAUUUGGAAAAUACUACCAAACGAUCGCUAUCAAGUGAAGAAGAUAACGGGACGUGGACGCCCGAAAAAAGUAGCUCAUGACCAACUUCGGAUUGCACCCAAACCAAACGAAUGCAUAACUCAGGACGACAUGUCGGCGCAAGAUGCUCCUAACGUGACAUCAGCAAUAAAUGAAGUCUAG